AUGGUGUCCUCAUCAUCUCCUGUUCCCAUUACACGCAACGAUGACCAUACCCGAUCUCACCGUGACUUACCCGCCAUGCCCCCGGAAGCUCCCUCAGCUCUCGACAAACCUCCGCUCCCGAGCCGGACGGCCCCCGAAAACUCACCGCGAUCGUGGCGGAACCCCGACUUGACGCUGAAACAGGAUGGUCCUCUUUCUCAGUCAAGCCCCAACCGGAUGCUCAGCGAUCAUGCUUCUGCCGUGUCCCCAAAGAGUAGGAGGUCGCAGUCGGCAAGCCCUUUUCGGCUCGCGAUGCCCUAUCUAUCUCCGGGCCAGCUCGCCUUCUCCGCGAUGCAGUUCUUGCCCGUCCCCGUUCUUGUCCUCAAUAGCCUAAAAACAGUCGUGUUGGCAAACGAAGCCAUGGGCCGCCUCCUAGGUCUUCCGGUCGACGCGCCUGCACACCAGAACGGCCUUACCGUGCUGGAUCAGCUUCGAGGUCAGACCUUGUCUCAGGUCGGCGUUGACAUGCUGCAAGACGGGCGACCCGUUUGGGUUUCGUGGGACGACCUACUGGAUUCCUUGGUCACCGAUGGCGCAGCCGAUCAAGUAGGAGAGCCAUCUCAACCACAGUCUACCAAUGUCGCAUCUGCUCAGGACGCGACACCGACGACCUCCGAGCCGCUAACACCCGUCGGUGCUCCAUUAUCUGACAACGAUGGGACUGCAAGCAAGUCAUGCAGCAACUCAGUUAUCGAGGUCGUGGUCUCUCCUAAAAUUUACAGGCCAGCCUCCAAGACGAAAAAGUUGGACAACCAGGUCCUAGCAAAAAUGAUAAUCACCGUCUUCGAGGUCGAAGAGCAUCAGACGUACUUCACUCUUACUUUCACCAAUACAGAAACGCCGUCGGUGCCGAUUGCUCCCAGAAGGUCGUUGCCAAGGUCUUCGACAACAAUUCUCGAGGCUGCCGAGAAGAAGUCGAUCUCCAGCUCCAACCCGCCCUCAGUCGGCUCAAGCCAUGAUUCUAAUUCUCCAUCAUUCAGGAUCAGCCCCAGCGCUGUGUCACUAUCUUCAAGUCCCUUCCCACCCAUGGGCCCGCCGUCACGUAGUACGACGUCGCAAACGCCGUCGCUUUUCCAGAAGAUGACUAGAAUCAAGGAUGCGCUGUUGGAUAACACACAAAUGCCCAUCUUGGCGAUGUGGAAAGACGGCAGCAGUCCGGUCAUGAAUGCUGCUGCGCGGGAUCUCUUCUUUGAUCCCGAGGCCGCAGAAAUUACUGAUGUCCAGGGAUUGGAUCUUCUCAGCGAAUGGAUUGUUUACGAUGAAGACUUCACCCGCCAAUACGACUCCAGCGAGUUCCCCAUCGCCGUGCUGCUGAGGACCGGCGUACCAUUUACUGGUAUGCGAAUUGGCAUGUUUCACAGGUCAGAGAAGACGAAGGUCAUCUACGAUGUGCUGGGAGAGAUCAUCAAAGACCCGCUGACGGGAGAGAUGGUCGCCGGUGUCGUCACUUGUCGGGAUGUCACACAGAUGGCUCAGGAGAUCACAACCAUCAAGGAACAAGACGAAGAGAGGUUCAAACUCAUCUGUGAUACCAUGCCACAGAUGGUCUGGACCACCACACCUGACGGGAUGCAUGAUUUCUUUAACUCCCGGUGGUACGACUACACGGGCUUGACCCCCGAGGAAUCCCUCGGCCUCGGCUGGAAGAAUCCAUUUCACCCAGACGACAUGCCCUCGACUGUACGGAAAUGGAAGCACUGUCUGGCAACCGGAGACCCUUACUACACCGAGUAUAGGUGUCUGAGCAAACAUGGCGAGUGGAGGUGGAUGCUGGGACGAGCACUGCCGUUGAGAAACAAGCACACUGGAAAGAUUGAGAAGUGGUUCGGUACAUGUACAGAUGUGCAUGAGAGUCUCGAGACAAAGGCUGCAGCUAGGAGAAUGAGACAGCAGCUGCUCAGUGUCCUCUCUCACGCGCAGACGACAAUUUUCUCCGUCGACAGGAAUCGGAAGGUUACUAUGCUCGAAGGGGCCAUUAUCUGGGAUCGGAGGAAAGAGGCUCGAGGUCGUGAAGAUGAGAGUAGCGACGACGAUCUUUACGCACUGCACUAUGUCGGGAGAGAUGUAGAUGAGGUUUUCAACGACCUGAACUCACGAAUGCCACAUGGCGAGAUUCCUGCCUUUUUGGCUCCAAUUCACGAAAUGUUCCAUGGUAAACGGAGGCGGGAUAUGGUUACGGAACACGAGUUGGAUGAUCACUUUUUCCGAACUCGGUUUAUACCCACUUUUGGAAAGCAGUCUCGUGACGGCAUUACGAGCGAAUCCGUCGUUGAUGGGGUCAUAGGGGUCAUCAUGGAUGUAACGGAGCUCAAGGAGAGAGAACUUGACCUGAAGGCGCAAGCGAAAGAAAAGAGACAACUGGUAGCGAACGAAGCGGCCGCGAAAGAGGCUAGCCGAUUGAAGAGCCAGUUCCUGGCAAACAUGUCUCACGAGAUUAGGACGCCCAUCACAGGUGUGAUUGGCAUGGCUGAAUUGCUUCUCGACAUGCCUCUGGGCGAUGAGCAGAGGGAGUUUGCUCAAAAUAUUGUCAGAUCGGCCAAUGCUCUCCUGACCGUGAUCAACGACAUCCUUGAUUUUUCCAAGGUUGAAUCCGGGCGGCUGGACAUAGAAGAGGUCCAAUUUUCUCUCUCUGUCGUGGUACAGGACGUCUCCAAGAUGUUGAGCUUUGCGGCGGAAAGGAAAAAUCUGGCCUUCCAUGCCAAUAUAUCUGCGGAUAUCGCCGAAGAUCUUGUCGUGCUAGGGGAUCCCGGUCGUGUGAGGCAAAUCAUCACCAAUUUGCUGACGAACAGUAUAAAAUUCACAAAUACUGGAUACGUCAAGUUCUCCGUAUGGAAGGGAAAGGAAACCCAUGACAGCAUCGAAAUCAAGUUCGUGAUCGAAGAUACCGGAAUCGGUAUAGAAGAAGAAGUGCGGAAGCGUCUAUUCAAACCAUUUAGCCAAGGUGACCCAUCCACUGCGCGAAAAUUUGGUGGCACUGGUCUUGGCUUGACAAUAUCGAAGAACCUUGUUGAGCUGAUGCGAGGGAGGAUAUCCCUGGAGUCAUCGAUGGGUAACGGCACGACCGCCACCUUCUGGAUUCCCUUCAACAAGCCGCAGAGCGUGCACAAGUCGUCGCUGGUGGAGAUUGGUCCCAUACCCGACCGCCUACAGUCGGAAAUGAGCGUGUCUUGUAACAGCUCCGAAUUUGAGCAAAGGAUCAACACGCCCCCUGCCGACAAAACGCACAACCUCCUUGACGGCAGCCGAUCACCCCGAAGGACACAAUCCGUCAAUAUCCCGUCGUCUCUGAUGUUCAGCGAGGAAGACCUGCCCAUGUCGGAGCGAGCUAAUAUCUCCAUUCUUGUGGUAGAGGACAAUGCAAUCAACCAGCAAAUCGCCACGAAGACCAUCAAGAAGCUUGGCUUCAAAGUGGAUGCUGCAUGGAACGGCAAGGAGGCUCUUGACUAUCUCGAAGCCUCACAAGAGGGCAAAUUGCCAAAGCCCGAUAUUAUAUUGAUGGACGUCCAGAUGCCAGUGAUUGAUGGUUACAAAUGCACACACAUACUCCGCCAUCAUGUUCCGUACCGGGCGUUCGUAAGGGAUAUUCCGAUCGUGGCUAUGACCGCCUCCGCAAUCCAGGGCGACAGGGAAAAAUGCACAAAAGCCGGUAUGGACGAUUACUUGGCCAAACCAGUCAAAGGCAAGGUAUUGGAAAGGAUGCUCAUCAAGUGGGGGAAAACCAAAAGAAAAAGUCCGCCGCCAGCUGAUCGUACAGACAUGUCUGUGUCCGACUGCUCCGAAUCAGGUGAGCACUGCCUCAGUGCAGACAUACCAAUGCUGGGACUCUCAGAUAUUGACGCCGAGACUGCCACGCCGGACGAGCGCUCAGUCAUCGGCGACCAAGGAAAGGGGGAAGAGAACCGCAAAAGCGAACCGGACUCAAAGGGCGACGAGGAUCGCGUCAACUUGCUGACGCCGAGACCGAUGGUUCGUAAGGGGUCGCAUUUCCCAUUCGGAUCAUACGGCAGCACCGCGUCAUCGCAGACAAGGCAGUUGGAUUCGGACGAGCUGGCAAUGCAGCUCAGGGACGACAAGCUCUUGGGGGCAGCAGGUGCAACGGAUGCGCCAAAACCACAUGGACUAUCAAACAGCCUACCGGAAGGCGAUUCGCUGACCGAAGAAAACGUCGAGAAACUCGAAAAGGAGGGAUCGAAAGGACAGAAGAGGAAAUCAUAG